GAUGCGACAGAAGAAAAGUUCUGCAGUAAAAGUCUUGGUCACCUUAUUUCCAAGGAUACCAAAGGUGACCACGGUGCUGCUGGAGUUCUUCAUCAAGCGCGAGAACAAGGUCUCGCUGCUUCGAGACCCGCUCUCGCACUUCUGCCAGGAGCAGUCGGUACUUGCGGCGCAGGACUGUCUGCAGAAGCUGCACCGACAGUUUAUCACGUACCAGGACAUCCGCGACAUGGUCGAGAAUUUGAUGGGGCUUCACAGCCUGUGCCUGAAGCGGGCGCCCGUCACAGCACGCAGCCUCGGCCUCGUCAUCCGCAAGCUGACUAUCAUCGUCGGUGAGCUGGCCGCUUCUCUUGAGAAGAUCUCCGAAGUGCCGGUUACCGACUGGAUGGCUGUUGGUGACGCGGUCGUCACGCGCACCGACAAGAUGAGAAUUGAAGAACAGCCCCCUUUCACCGAUUUCAUUCCGAGGACCCGAGAUCUCGAGGCUGUGAAGCUUCUCGGGGCAGGCGGCUUUGGCGCCGUAUACAAGGCCCGAUACAAGCCGGCCAAUCUCAUCUGCACCGUGAAGCUGAUCGCCUCGGACCGGUUCAAUCGACCCAAGCAGGCGUGCAUUGACAAGGUGGUGGCGUCCGUCGUGCGGAGCCCUUUUCUUGUCAAGUAUUACGUAUGCUUCGCCACAAAGGACGCAUAUGUCACAGUGAUGGAGUACGUGUGUGGCGUGGACCUGAUGCGCGUGGUGGAGCGCGCCAUGUUCUUGCCCAUCGACCAGGUGCGUUUUAUAAUGGCCCAGCUCAUCUUGGCCGUAGAGCACUUGCACCUCAAGGGCUUCUUGCACCGGGACAUCAAGGUGUCCAAUAUGCUUAUGAUUCCCGGUGGAAGAGUCAAGCUCAUAGAUUUUGACACCAAUAAAGUUUGCCUAGGACACUUUACAAAACGUGUCAUGCGAGGCUACUUCCGGCGAACCCCGUUCGAAUUCAGGGAUGGAGAAUCCGCCGGGACUAUUCCUUAUAUGGCUCCUGAAAUUCUCAAAAGAAGACCGUACGGACGCGCCUGUGACUGGUGGUCCACCGGCGUCGUAUUCUACAAACUGAUGACUGGUCGAGUGCCGUUUCGCGGUAAGACCAAGAAGUUGCUUCGCGACCGCAUCAUUGCGGCGCCGCUGAAGUGGCCGAAGGUGAGCGAACACCCGCAUUCGGCCAACACCACCGCCAAAGACAUGGUCUAUCUGCUGCUCAAAAAGAACCCCGUCGAGCGACUCGGUUCGAAGCAGUACCGCGACAUAAAGUCACAUUCCUUUUUCGACGAAUUUGACUGGAACCGGCUUCGUACAAGCACCAGUCUUUGCAAUGUCCCUGCCGUCUACGAGCUCAUGCAGAUAUCGCCACCCUCAGAUCCAACUACCAACGUGGCUGAACACAGCACACUAAAUCUGUCCCCUGGAGCGACGACUUCGACUAAGAAGCGCAAGCUCAUCAGGAUCGACGAGCUCACCGACAUGGACAGCUCGCUGCAGAGACCGCUCUUCACUUACGCCUCGUCAGGCUUCAAGCGGCUCGCCUCUAUGGUAAGAGACAGUGAAGAUCCGGUGUCUGUGAAUGAAUCUUUCAUGGGCGAAUCCAAUGUGUCGUCAUCAGAAAUUGACUACCAAAAGACGACGGACGCGGAAUCCAACUAUGGGUUUACCGGCUUUUCGAAAACGGACACGUUCAGCCGGAACAGAAGAGCGACCGAGAAGCUCGACCUGAUAUUAUUCCGCAAGAAAAGCUUCGGGAGAUUCUGGAGCUUCGGGCUCAACUUGGAAGCCGUGACAGGAGAAGGAGGGACAAACUUCUACAUUGUAGAGAGCGUGAAGCGAGGCAGCCCCGCUCAGAGGUCCCAGAUUCUGGUCGGUGACGUGGUGGUCGCAGUCAACGGCACCAAGCUCGCCGGCCUGCCGCUGAACAUUGUUCGGAAGAUCAUGAACUCCUCCGGGGACCAGCUCGUACUCACCGUCCUGACGUCGAGUCCGUACAGAAUAAUAAACACCAGGUGCGACAUGAACAACAUCCUUCAGUCCUGUGGUCGGCAGAAGCUCACAUUGGCUCUCGUGCGAGCCGGAUGCCGCAAAGGGGCGUGGUAUGGCUUCACAACGUUCGAGGCUAAAACGUGGGACCAGCAGCAAAAAGCUUUCAGCCGUCUGCAUAUUGUGCAACGCGCCAAGGACGUGCGUGUGCAGACUGUGGGUCAGAACUUGUUUCCCGGAGACGUGUUGACGCACGUGGACGGAACGCCGGCUGACAAGAUGAGUCAUUCGAUCCUGCGGCAGUACAUGGCCAAGGCGCGGCCGGAGAUUCAGGUCACCAUCGCGCCUCUGUCGCCGCUUCGACGCAAGCGGCCCUCAUCCACACGCCUGCACGAGACAUUCAUGUCCGACGACAGCGUCGGUGAACCUAGCAGCGUGGCAGCUGACAUCAACGAAUGACGACGUCACCCGAGGACUGAAAGUGUUGUAGGUGGCAAGAGCGCGUGCUUGCACUCUGGUUGAGUGCUAGCUACUU